AUGGCCCAGAAGCUUUCCAACCUCUUUGCCAUCGCACUAACGGUGGCGACUGGCGUUGUUGGACAUGGACAUGUAAACAACAUUGUCGUCAAUGGGGUGUACUAUCAGGGCUAUGAUCCAACAUCGUUUCCAUACAUGCCAGAUCCGCCCAUCGUGGUGGGCUGGACGGCUGCCGAUACUGACAACGGCUUUGUUUCACCAGAUGCAUAUCAAACCCCUGAUAUCGUCUGCCACAAGAAUGGCACCAACGCAAAGGGGCACGCAUCUGUCAAGGCCGGAGACUCUGUGCUUUUCCAGUGGGUGCCUGUUCCGUGGCCACACAAAAGCACCGUCGUUGACUAUUUGGCCAACUGCAAUGGCCCCUGCGAGACCGUGGAUAAGACUACACUUGAGUUCUUCAAGAUUGAUGGCAUUGGCCUUCUCAGUGGCGGAAACCCGGGCACUUGGGGCUCGGACGUGCUGAUCGGCAACAACAAUACCUGGGUUAUCCAAAUUCCCGAGGAUCUCCAGACGGGUAACUACGUGUUGCGCCACGAGCUCAUCGCCCUACAUAGCGCCGAGCAAGCAGACGGCGCCCAGAACUACCCUCAGUGCUUCAACCUCGCUGUCACAGGCACGGGAUCGCUGCAGCCCUCUGGCGUUCUAGCGACCGACCUUUACCAUGAGACAGACCCUGGCAUCCUCUUCAAUAUCUACACCAGCCCCCUUACGUAUAUUAUACCUGGUCCUACCGUCGUAUCAGGCCUUCCUUCAAGUGUCGCCCAGGCAAGCUCCGCCGCGACGGCCACCAGCAGCGCCACCGUUUCCGGCGGUGGCGGUGGCAGCAGCACCGGAGGAUCGACCAGCAAGACUACAACAGUCGUGAGAUCGACGACGUCAGUCACCUCAAAAGCCAGCUCGUCAACUGCUGUUACCACGCCGCCCCCCGCCGGCGGAACUCAGACCUUGUACGGCCAGUGCGGCGGCAGCGGCUACUCUGGCCCUACUAAAUGCGCCUCGCCAGCCGUUUGCACGACCCUGAAUCCCUACUAUGCGCAGUGCCUUAACUAG